AUGUUUAGUCAGUCCAUGCCGAAGACUUUUUCAACCCCGAUACAUGCUAAUCAGAUCAUUAGCCCUGUUCCGGGAGCACAGGAAAAAAUUGCCAAUUUGCGCUACCGCCAUGAGAUGAUUGCCGAGUCCGUGGCCCAGUUAGAAGGCCGCGUUGCCACAAAUACCGCAGAAUUGGAGCAAAUGCGCUCUUCUUACGAUGAUGAGGAUGACUUUGCUCCCGCAUCUUCAUCACAGCCAGGAGUACCCGAUGUCACGGACGAGGACAUUGAGCAAGAGCUGGCCGAGAUCAGGGACUUGGAGCGAAGGAAGCGAGCUCUGGAGGAGCGAGUCACCGGUAUGGAGCGAGAUCUCGGUGGUCUUAUGGGCUGA